GAUUAACUUAUUAAAUAGAUUGUUGUUAUGAAAAGCACUGGUAAUUGCAGUAUAUAAAAUCAAAUCGAUCAUCUGGAAGUUACUUUUCUUCAGUUCUCUGAUCAAGUUCAAUUAUAAUGAGUCACCUUAAUACGAACAAUAGGUUCUUACUCCUCGACGACGACGAAAAUGAGGAAAACAUAGAUACAAAAAAGGUAGUCGAGAAGAAGGAAAAAGACACGAAGAAAGAACCUAACAAGAAAGCGCCCAAAACUACUGCUAUCACUUCCGCGCCACCGAAGCCAGCUGCUGAGAAAAUGCCACCCAAGUCUCAGCCACGCGCACCAGUCAACAAUCAGGCUGCUCAGGAAAAGAACGUAAGUGCAACAAACGAUGAUUCGCGACGACCCCCUAGACCUUUCGGCGGAAACGCUCCCCCAUCUGGAGGCGGGUUUGGCACCCGCAGCAGCACCGGCACGGGUGGUUUCGGUGGAGGAGGCGGUGGUGGCAGUGGCGGAGGAUUCUCGACGACUGCAUUUUCCAACUCGAACGUCGGAAACCGUCAAGGUGGCUACCCACGAGCGGCAGGCGGGUUUGGAGACAACCGAGGAGGAAAACGAGAAUUCGAUAGAAAAAGCGGAUCGGAGAAAACUGGAGUGAAGAGUAGUGAUAAGAGAGACGGUGCUGGAUCCCACAACUGGGGCAACUCCAUCAAGGACUUCACCACCGAGACUUUCGCGCCUCCGGCUGACGCUGAAGCAGAUACUGGCGAAGAUAAGAAGACGACAGAAGAGAAGCCAGCAGCUGGAGGAGACGAGAAUGCGGCGGGAGAAGGCGGAGAGGAAGGAGCUGGGGAGGAGCCUCAGGAAGCGCCCACCAUGAGUCUGGAAGAGUACAUGAGCCAGAAGGAGAAAGCCAAGAGUGGCAUGCCCCAACGCCAGCUGAGAAAGCCCGGCGAAGGAGAGGGGUCCUUCAACUCUGGAGUCAAGGUCGUAAAGAAGCUGCAAAAGUCAAGCAAGGACCAGGAGGAGAUGGUGAUCCAAGUGGCCCAAGGAUCCGGACGGGAGAGGAAAGUCCUCCCGAUUGAUCUGCAGCCUCUGGGAAAUCGAGGACGCGGUGGACGUCCUGGCGGCGGCGGUCGAGGCCGAGGAGGAUACCGAGGCGGGGAUAGGAACUACCCAGGAGCGAACCAACCAAACAUCGAGGACGAACAGGCAUUCCCUAGUCUGCAAGCCCAUUAGGGAAACCGGGCGAGUAAAGGACAAUACACGACAGAAGAGAGACGUAACAUUACAGGAUUGCAAAAUACAGACUCGGACAAUUAUUGGUGACGAAUUGUAAAACUCAAACUCGCUUUGCUGCUCAUUUAUUAAUCUGCUCUCCAUUUAUUGCUUCAAUAUGAUUUUCAAACCGAGUUUCACGAUGUACUGCUGUAAAGAGAGAUCGAUUGAUAGUUCAAUAUGUUGAUUGAUGAUCAACAACACCUAGUUUCACAUGUAAUCUUUUCAAUCGAAUUCUUUUACCUCACAACAAACUGAUUAGUGUACCGACAUUGGGGCCCAUAAUAAUGCUGUUUAUAUUGAUAGCUAGGGUUGGGUCUAUAUUUUCCUUAGCUUCCAGCAGGUAAUGAGAUUAAAGCUUUUCAAGGCCAGAGCAGUUAUUGUUAUUAUUGAGAUGAUAUUUUUGUCCGUAUAUGUCUUUUUGACAUUCUGUUUGUUACUGACUUUUGAAGAAAUAAUUUUGUCACUA